GCAUGAAUCAGAAUUUAUUAGAGAGAUUAUUAAGAAGAUAUCAGCAAAACUAUGUCACCCAGUUACUCAUAAUGACUUGGUUGGAAUUUGUCAACGCUUGGAGGAUUUAUAUUUGAAAAUAAACAUAGGGGAAAAUGAUGUCCGCAUUAUAGGGAUUUGCGGAAUGGGUGGUAUCGGUAAAACAACACUCGCAAGACUUGCUUAUAAUCAAAUGUCACAUCAUUUUGAAAGUAAAAGCUUUAUUGCUGAUAUUCGAGAAGUUUCAGACAAAUGUGGAUUAGUUUCUUUACAGAAACAACUUCUUUCGAAAAUUUUUCAUGAUGAAUGCUUCAAAUUUUUCAAUGUUCAUGAAGGGAAUGAUAUAAUUAGUCAUAUGUUGUCUCGCAAAAAGGUUCUUGUUGUUCUUGAUGAUGUUGAUAACAUACAACACUUAAAAUGCUUGGUUGGAAGGCAUGAUUGGUUCGGAUUAGGGAGUAGAAUCAUUGUAACAACAAGAGACGAACAUUUGCUUCAAUCUUGCCAAGUUGAUGAUGUGUAUAUACCCACAACAUUGGAUUACACAGAUGCACUUCAACUUUUCAAUUUGAAAGCUUUCCAUAGUGAUACAGUGCCGAAAGAUGAUUUCAUUGAGCUUUCUUACCAUGUUAUAAGUUAUGCUGAUGGGCUCCCAUUAGCUCUUGAAGUUUUAGGUUCCUUUUUAUGCGGUAGAGAUGUGACUCAAUGGAGAAGUGCGAUUGAAAGACUUAAAAGAGAUUCUAAUGAAGAAAUUAUUAAUAAACUUCGAAUCAGUUUUGAUGGCUUGGAAGAAAGAGAGAAAAAUAUAUUUCUAGAUAUAGCAUGCUUCUUCAACGGGGAGAAGAAAGAUUUUGUAAUGAAAGUAUUAGAUGGUUGUGAGUUUUUCCCCGAUAUUGGAAUUGAUGUUCUCAUUAAGAAAUCUUUAAUAAAAGUCGAUGAUGACAACCAAUAUUUGUGGAUGCAUGACUUGUUGCAAGAAAUGGGAAGAAAAAUUAUUAGAGAAAAAUCUAUUGAUGAACCUGGAAAAUGUUGCAGAUUGUGGAAGGAAACGAAUGUCUAUCAUAUCCUAACAAAAAACACUGCUACGAAAUGAUUGAAGGCAUGUUCAUCGAUAAUAAAAGGGAAUUGAGCAAGGUGCUCAACUUGAGUGUCGAUGCCUUCUCAAAAAUGAAAAAAUUGAGAUUGCUCAAAGUGCUUUGCCUAUCAAAUUGUGAUGAUCUCAAUUAUCUUUCUAAUAAGCUACGACUUUUAGAUUGGAAAGGAUGCCCUUUAAGAUCGUUGCCUUCAAGCUUCCAACCGGACAACCUUGUCGCACUUCUUUUACCAUAUAGUAACAUUAAACAACUAUGGAAGGAAAAUAGACCCUUGUAUAAGUUGAAAAUGAUGAACCUUGAAGGGUCCCAAAACCUUAUCAAGACACCAGACUUUACAACGGCACCAAAACUUGAAGCUUUGAUCAUGAAAGGUUGUAUCAAAUUAGUGGAUUUUCAUCCAUCAAUCGGAAUGCUUAAGAGCCUUAAACUUUUGAAUUUAAGAGAUUGCAAAAGUCUUAGGAGUCUUCCGGCCAAAAUUGGAAUGGAAUCUCUUGAAACAUUAAUUCUUUCGGGUUGCUCAAGUCUUGUAAGGUUUCCAGAGAUUGAUGGAAAAAUGGAACGUCUAAAAACUCUAGAUCUUUCCGGUUGUUAUAGAGUUGAAAAUUUAUCGGAGAAUUUGCAGCAAGCAAAGUUUUUGGAAGAGCUCGACUUGAGUGAAACAGCCAUAACAGAACCACCGUCCUUCAUUUGUCAAUUUAAAAAUCUUAAAGUUCUGUCUUUCAAUGGGCGCAAGGGACCAUCACAUAAGUUACGACCAAAUUUGCCUUCUCUUUUCAAGGUAAUCCAAGGCAGAAGGACGAAUCCCAUGGCUCGGAUGUUACCUUCACUGUCAGGUUUGAGUUCAUUAAGAGAGUUGAAUCUAAGGGACUGCAAUCUUUGUGAAGGAGAUAUUCCACGUGAUAUUUCUGGUCUAUCUUCUUUGAUACAUCUUGAUCUUAGUGGUAACAAUUUCAUCAGCAUACCUGUAUCUUUUACUCGACUCUCAAAGCUUAAAUUGCUUGCAUUAUCAGAUUGCUUGAAUCUUAAAUCGUUGCCUGAACUUCUAACAAGUAUAAAAACGGUGUGGAUAGAUGGUUGUGCUUCACUUGAAGUAGUUGCAAGUCCAUCAAAAGUAAGCAAUUUAGUGGAUUCGGCUGCCGUUAACGCCAUUAACUGCUUCAAAUUGGCUGAGAAUAUCUAUCCAUUAACACUGCUGAAAACACAUCUUCAGGCAUUUGCAAAUUCAAGGAAAAGGUUUGAUAUUACUAUGCCUGGAAGUGAAAUCCCAGAAUGGUUUGAUAUUAUUAUGCCCGGAAGUGGAAUCUCAGAAUGGUUUAGCCAACAAAAAAGCGACUCUUCAAUUGAUUCUAUUAAGAUACUCCUACCUAUCAACCUUCGGAAAGAUAGUGAAUGGAUUGGAGUUGCUUGUUGCUGCAUUUUUGUUAAUAAUGAUGCUUCAACGGAGGACGAGCUUCUCAAUUGUACAGCAUCUGUCAAUUGUUGGGAGAUUAGUCGGAAACGCUUGAAUAUGGGUAAACGAUUUAACGAGCCCAUAAUGAAAGAUCACCUUUUUCUUCGUUAUUGGUCGCGUGAUAAAUUAUAUCCAUUUUCAUUGGAGGAUAAAUAUGGUGACUGUGAAACCAAUCAUUUAUGCGAUGAUGAGCUUGACGUGUCUUUCAGUGGAAGCAGUGUUAAGGUGAAGAAGUGUGCUUUUAGAAUAGUGUAUAAGAAAGAUUUGGAAGAAAAAAAUGAGUUGCAGUGCCAUAGCACUCAAUCUUCUCCAAAAUUUGAACACAUCCACCAACACUCUGCUCGCAACGAUGGAUUAGUAGGUAGCAUUUCUUACACAAAACGAAAACGUAAUAUCUACGAGGAAGCGGAGGAAGAAGGGCCGCAACCAAAAUGGAUGCAAAAAAUUUUCAAUUUUAUAAUGGGCCAUUUGGAGAAGAAGCAUUAACUGUGUAAACUACUUAUCUCACCUUGUCCUAUUAAUUUUUUUUUUUACACAUUUACGUUUUUCCAUUUUUUAUUUCAUUUAAAAUAAUCAUUCUAGACUUAUUUGGAUA